AUGGGACAAUCAAUGCUAGGCUGGAAGGCAGACGACUUCUUCGUCGCUAUCAAGCAGCACCUGGAUUCUAUCCGUCCUGGUAGUCUCGGGGAAAUAUCCUUCGUCUUUGGAGAAGCGGCUGCCCGUGUGAUGUUGGUUUUUGAGCGACUGAACAGCGAGAAGCUUGACUACAUCCUGGAGAAUACUCAACACAUGACCGAAGCUGCGUCGAAAACGCUUCAACAACUCGAUCUUGGUCUCUUGCAUGAGUAUUUCAAGACAUCGCAGCAUGCUUUCGAUGUCGCGAUCCAAAAGCUUGGGCAAAUCGAGGUUCACCACAUCCAUGACACCCUUAAAGCUUCACAAUUCAUGGUCGAGACUGUUCAUGAACACCUUCAACAACUCGAUGUCGAUCAGCUCCAUGAGGGCCUCAGGACCUUCCAGAAGCUGACGGACAAUACAGUACCAUCAUUGCACACAUUCGUAAGACUCUUCGACGUCUUCAUGGUGAUCUCGUUGCUCUGUGGUGCGCUUUCCGUCCUGACGAUCAUUGCCAUCAUCUACUUCUUACGGAGCAUGAGUAAGCAUAUGAACGACCUGUCCGAUAGCACGCAGAUCAUCAGCAACGCAACUUCGAUGCAAGGAACUCUCGACCGUCAACGUCACUUCGCUGAAGGAGUGUACAAUCUCAUCGAAUUGCAAGACAGACAACAAUAUAUUUACCCAAAGGAGUGGCCCAUAUUAAGUACCACGGACUACUGUUACCUCGUAUACCACCCAGCUUCGGACUGGCACCCCAGUUUCUUCGCCGGAGCCUAUGACGAUUGGAAUGAUGACUCAGACUUCAAAGACGAACAGGAUACCCUGAUCCGGCGUGUACAUCUCGUCAACAACCCCACGGCGUUGUUGGGCUAUCUGCAGAAAAUCGAGAUGCCAGAGUCCAUAGAUAAUCCCGACGACCCUGGGAAGGUGGUACACAUCUUGUUGCCUUCAACUCAUGCAUACGCUGUACCAUUUACCAUUCGUAUUCCGGAGAGACUUCGACCCGUCAGAGUGGUUGGUCAGACUGAUUGUAGCGGAAAGCCUUACUGUCGCGCCUGCAUCCUCGGGGUCGAUCCCUCAGAUGUGAUUGAUGUGGAUUUGUUGCAAGAGCACGAAGCCCCCGACUAUUCACCAUCUCAGCCUGAUUUCAAUGUGUGGCUCUAUUCUAUUGUCUGGUUUCUCGUGGCAGGCCUCUGGAUUGGAGUGAAGGUUGGCCAGAUAUCCGACCAGAUUAGAGAUGUCGCAUGGACAUUCGCAACCCUCUAG